GUUGGCGUGGCCAAAUGGACUGUGUGAGAAGAACGUUGGCGUGGCCAAAUGGACUGUGUGCAACCCGCUAUUCAGGUUUGAUGCAAUUUUCAAACUUUACUUUAUUUUCGUAUUUAUUAUAAUUAGUUUUAUCAUUAUUAUUAUUAUUGUGUGUCAUUAUUAUUAGUUUAUGGUAAUAUAAAGUUUAGGAAAUGCAUCGCGACAACAUCAGCUAGACCAGCACGACAAAAUUGAAUAAGAUAUAGCCAUGUUUGAACUAGCAACAAAUCCGAAAUGUAUUGACUAGCUUGACAGCCAGCUAAAGUUAGCUAAAAGCUCUAACUAUAUUGAGUAAAUUCAAUUUGACGAAGCAUUACUAAAAUGUCAGAGAAGAAAAAAGGAAAGGUCACAGAAAGCGAAGAGGAAGGGAAUUUGCAAGUAUCCUACAUUUUCCCAAAUGGUGACAGAUAUGAACGAGAGUGCUGCGGGUCCACAGAGGGAGUCGUGGUGAGGCGUGGUAUGGGCAAACACACCUCAGCCAGUGGUGUCACCUACACUGGAGAGUGGCAUGAUGACAAGAUGAAUGGCAGAGGGACUCUGGAGCAUCCCUCUGGGGCCCUGUAUGAAGGGGACUUCAAAGACAACAUGUAUCAUGGCACAGGGACAUACAGCUUCUCUGACGGGACCAAAUACUGCGGCAGCUUCAGCAAGAACAGGUUGGAGGGUGACGGGGAGUUCAUCGACUCUCAGGGACUUGUUUGGAUUGGAGGCUUCCACAACAAGGCAGCUCCUGGAUUAAAAGUUAAACUCAGCAUGUAACCCAUGACAUAAUGUGAGAUAACAUAACUUUAAUUCCUCUUACAUUUAUGAACAUUUAUUGAAUAUAGAUUUAAAAAGGAAAAAAAAUAUAUAUAUAUAUAUAUUCAAAAGAACAAAAUAAGACUCCAGUAAGAAAUUUU